GGGACCUAUCGAGAGAGCCGAUCCACAAGACGCUCCAGCCUGUGGUUCGUAGCAGCAGCGCGGCCGCUGAAGGAGCACCGGACCAGUAGGCGUGUGGAAACAGUUAUUACCCAAACCGCCGUUGGAGCAAAUGAAAACGGAAACAUUUUUUUUUUACAUGUGGAUUAUUUCGGGAAAACGAAUACGUCAAUUGUUCAUCGAAGAAAGCGAGCGGCGAGCGGAUCUGAAGUGAUUCUCGACGAGGGGCGAAGAAGCGUAAGAUAACGCCGCCGAACUGUCUCCUCUUCCCGCAGCUAAGGUCGCUGGCUCCUGUAUUCGGCCGAUGAUGUACUGCGACUGAUCUGCAGCCCCUCCCACUUCCUGCCUGCAGAGGAAGCGGCUCUGCCAGCAUGUCUUCUCAUCCCCAGUCGGUGCCGCAGGGCCGGAGGGCGGUGGACACACGCCACCUGCCCAACCCUGCCUCACUGCCCCUGCAGCUGCAGCGGGCACACACGGAGGUGGGACUGGUGGACUACCACUCACAUGCGAGGGACUACAGCUCCCAUCUGGCCCAGCCUCAUCGCCGCCGGCCCUCCCUGCUCCCGGAGUUCCAGCCGGGGAACGAGAGAGGCCAGGAGCAGCACAUCCGUUACGAACACAUCUACCUGACGGAGCCCAACAGCCAAUCAGAGGUGGAGUAUGCCGAGAUAAAACGACCUCGCUUGGAGAUGGGGCAGGAAUCUCUGAUGAGGCACUCUACCCACCGGCCCCCGCUGCCUCUGGGGGGUGGAGAGGACAUGGCCAAGGAGCGUGGCAGUUCCAUGGGGAAGCUGGAGCCCAUCUCCCCCGUGAGCCCGGCCCAGAUGGACCCUGACCUGGAUCUGGUGUCCGCCCGCUUCUCAAAGGAGGAGCUCAUCCAGAACAUGGACCGCGUGGACCGGGAGAUCACCAUGGUUGAGCAGCAGAUCUGCAAGCUCCGCAAGAAGCAGCACCAGUUGGAGGAGGAGGCUGCGAAGCCCCUGGAGCCGGAGCGGCCCAUCUCCCCCCCCCCCAGCGAGGCCAAGCACCGUAGCCUGGUGCAGAUCAUCUACGAUGAGAACAGGAAAAAGGCAGAGGAGGCUCAUCGGAUACUGGAGGGACUCGGGCCCAGGGUGGAACUGCCUCUGUACAACCAGCCCUCGGACACCAAGCAGUACCAUGAGAACAUUAAAAUAAACCAGGCCAUGAGGAAGAAACUCAUCCUGUACUUCAAGAGGAGAAACCAUGCUCGGAAGCAGUGGGAACAAAAGUUCUGCCAGCGCUACGACCAUCUGAUGGAGGCGUGGGAGAAGAAGGUGGACCGUAUCGAGAGCAACCCGCGCCGGCGGGCCAAGGAGAUGAAGGUGCGCGAGUACUACGAGAAGCAGUUCCCCGAGAUCCGCAAGCAGCGGGAGCUGCAGGAGCGCAUGCAGAGCCGCGUGGGGCAGCGUGGCAGUCUGGCAUCGUCCGCGGCCCGCAGUGAACACGAGGUCUCGGAGAUCAUCGACGGCAUUUCGGAGCAAGAGAAUACGGAGAAGCAGAUGCGCCAACUUGCCGUCAUCCCGCCAAUGCUGUUCGACGCGGAGCAGCAGCGCAUCAAGUUCAUCAACAUGAACGGCCUGAUGGGCGACCCCAUGAAGGUGUACAAGGACCGGCAGGUGAUGAACAUGUGGAGCGAGCAGGAGAAGGACACCUUCAGAGAGAAGUUCAUCCAACACCCCAAGAACUUCAGUCUAAUCGCGUCCUUCCUGGAGAGAAAGACGGUGGCCGAGUGCGUGCUCUUCUACUACCUGACCAAGAAGAACGAGAACUACAAAAACAUUGUGCGCAGGAACUACAGGCGCCGCGGCAGAAGCCAGCAUGGCCAGCAGCAGCAGCAGCAGCAGCAACAGCAGCAGCAGGUGAGCCGCAGCAGCCAGGAGGACAAGGAGGAGAAGGAGAAGGAGAAGGAAGGGGAGAAGGAUGAGGAGAAGGCCGAAGCAGACGACAAGGAAGAUGGAAUGAAGGACGACACUUCCGGGGAGGACGGCGAGGACAAGGAGCCCGCCGUGACCGUCAAGGGCCGGCGCACGGCCAACAGCCAAGGCCGCCGCAAGGGCCGCAUCACACGCUCCAUGACCAGCGAGGUGGAAGAGAGCACGGCGCCGCCGCUCAGCAGCGAGCUGGGCAAUCAGGAGAUGAAUGAGAGUUCUCGCUGGACCGAAGAAGAGAUGGAGACCGCCAAGAAAGGCCUCCUCCAGUAUGGUAGGAAUUGGUCCGCCAUCGCCAAGAUGGUGGGAUCCAAGACAGUGUCCCAAUGCAAGAACUUCUACUUCAACUACAAGAAGAGGCAGAAACUGGACGAGAUUCUGCAGCAGCAUAAAAUGAAAUCGGAGAAGGAGCGUAAGGCCCGGCGCAAGGGCAAAGCCACGCAGAGCGAGGAGGCCAGCGCCCCCUCCACCGCCGAGGAGGAGGAGAUGGAGGUCUCGGGCGCCAGCGGCAACGAGGAGGAGGCGGCCGAGGACGGAGAAGGGGGCGCCAACAACAGCUCGGACACGGAGAGCCUGCCGUCCCCUCGCUCCUCGGAGGACAGCAAGCCCAAGGACGGGGAGGGCGGCGCCAAGGGCUCCGCCGGCAGCAACGGGGAGAAGGACGCUGCGUCGGGCUCGGACCAGGGCUCCGUCGAGGAGAAGCCCCCCGCCCCGGGGGACCCGGACAAGGCCACCAUCAAACAGGAGGUGAAGACCGAGGCCGGGGAACCCGGCAAGGAGCAGCAGAUGCAGCCGAUGCAGGCGCCGGUGGCGGCAGCGAGCGACUCAACAGACACCAAGCGGGCCCUCGUUGGGGAGGAGACAAAGAGCUCAGCCAAGACCUCCAAGAGGGAGCACGGCGUGAAGCAGGGUUCCCACGGCGACAGUGACUCCAGCGCCACCUGCAGCGCCGACGAGGUGGAGGAGAGCGACAACGGCGAGAAGAACAGGAUCACCUCUCCCCGCCCCAGUCUGCUCAACUACAGCCACGACGGUGUCACCUCCUCCCCGCUGCAGAAGCCCAUGGACCUCAAGCAGCUCAAGCAGAGGGCUGCUGCCAUCCCAACUAUUAUGGCGGAGGCUCUGGGGCAGGGGGCCAAGCGGGGGGCUCCUCUGCCGGUCCUCGGGGGCCCGGGCCUGGGAGGGGCCAAGGCCAUGCUGCAGCCCAACGCCCUGGCUCUCUACAAGCAGCAGAUCACCAUGGCCCACGGAGAGUCCUCCCUGGAGGCCAAGCAGCAGCAGCAGCAGCCCCUAGUCCCGGGGCAGCAGCUCAAGCAGCAGCAGCAGCAGCAGCAGCAGCAGCAGCAGCAGCAGCAGCAACAGCAGCAGCAGCAGCAGGCCUACCUAGGGCAGGCGGAGCGGGAGCGGGCAGAGGCCCUCCGCAGCAUCAGCCCCCGCAUGCGCCCUCGAAGCCCCACCUCUGGAAACAAGGACGAGCUGGAAGGCAACGAGAGGUGGUUACAGACUCUGCUUGAUGGAUUGCACAAAUCCCGGUCGUACUCCCCGCACGGCGAGGCCAAGAAGCUUGAGGAGCCCAGGGCGUCCUCCAUGGGCCGCCCCGUCCUCUCCACGUACCCCAUGUCCCCGCGGGACAUGGCCAAGAUCAGCCACGACCAGCACCUGCUCCACUACAACUCGUUCCAGCAGGCUGGUCACCCGGCGCCCCCGGCCCUGCAGCAGGACAGCAGUCGCCUGGCAGCCGUCCGGCCCCUCCACAUGCCCGAGCCACCUCCCCUCAUCUCCUCCACCAAGCCAGGGGGCUCCAUCACUCAGGGCACCCCUGUCCAGAUGCAUAGCCCAGCUCAUGGGCUGGACCACGGGAAGAUGGCCCCCACUCCAAUGGGUUUGUCUUGGAUGGAUCAGAGGAAAGUGGGUGAGUCCAAGUGUCUGGAGUGGCUGAAGCACUCCCAGCCUUGGUUUGCUGCCGGACCCUACCCCGUGGUCAAGCAGGAGCAGCUGUCCCCCCACUGCUCGUCCUCCCAGGCUGAGAACCUGUCCACCCAGGGCUCUCCCCACGACGCGGCUGCGGCCGGCCACGGCUCCAUGCAGGCCGUGCAGGGUGGCAGCAUCACUAAGGGCAUCCCAGGGACCAGAGUGUACCAGGACUCCCCCAUCUCGUACCGCGGAGGCUCCAUCACCCAGGGCACCCCCGCUGACGUUCUGUACAAGGGGACCAUCACCCGGCUCAUCACGGAGGAGGGCCUCGUCCGGGGGGAGCGCGGAGAGGGCCUCUCCAAGGGCCACGUGGUCUACGAGGGCGUCAGCGGACACAUUCUCACAUACGACCGCUCCCAGAACCCCAAAGAAGACGGCCGUGGCCCCGGGCAGGCUGGGGACCUCCUGGCUAUGAAGCGUUCCUACGACGUCAUGGAAGGUGGGAUAUCCAGGGGCCUCCCCAUGAGGGACUCGCUCUCUGCCGCUAACUGUGAGGGUCUGAUUAGUCGAGCCAUGCCUCACGAGAGGGACAGCCCGCACCACGCCUCCUUCAAAGAUGCCCACCACAUCCGGGGCUCCAUUUCCCAAGGCAUACCGCGCCACCUGGAGUCCCAGGACCCCUACAUGAGGCGGGAGGCCAAGCACGUGAAGAGGGAGCCCUCCCCGCCCCGCGGGCCCCCUUCCAUGGCGGACCACCUGAAGGGCCGGGACCCCAUGGUGCCCACGGUGAAGGAGGGGGGCCGCUCCAUCCACCUCAUCCCCCGGGAGGAGAUGAGGCACCCCCCCAAGGAGGGCAUCAUCACCCAGGGCACCCCCAUGAAGCAGGAGCCGUCCAGCCAGGGCAAGCGCCACGACGUCCGCUCCAUCAUCGCCAGCUCGCCGCGCUCCUACCACAGCGUGCCCCCCCACGGCGUGCCCGCCCACAUGGACAUGCGUGCCGAGCGGCCCCGCUACGAGGAGGGCCCCAAGGGCCGGCCCAGCGCCGUGGUCAGCACGGCCAGCUCCAUGGCCCGCUCCUCGCCCCUCACGCUGGGGCCCGAGCAGGGCGGCAAGAGCCACCACAGCCCCGGGGGCUACGACGACAAGGGCUCGCUCAGGGCCCCGUACCCGGGCCCCUCCCACCGGGGGUCUCCUCUGUCCCGGGAGGCCAGCCAGCGGCAGCAUGAAGGCUCCAGUAAGAACCCGCCUCAGGAGCGCAAGGCCACGCCCACCCCCAGGGAGAUGAACGCCACCAAGUCCCCACUGCCAAGCAUGGCGGAGCAGCAGCAACAACAACAGCACCAACAGCAGCAGCAGCAACAACAACAACAACAGCAGCAGCAGCAACAACAACAGCAGCAACAGCAACAAGCACAGCAACAGCAGCAACAACAGGUGUCGCUGGCUAACUAUGAGCGUCUGCUGCAGGGACUGGGCGCUGCGGACAUGUACCGCGGUCAGAUCCCGCUGGCCUUCGACACCGCCACGCUCCCCCGUGGCAUCCCCAUCGACCCGGCGGCCUACUACCUGCCCCGCCACCUGGCCCCCAACCCAGCCUACCCGCACUCCCACUCCUACCCCUACCUGAUCCGGAGCUACCCGGACACCACGGCCCUGGAGAACCGCCAGACGCUGCUCAACGACUACAUCACCUCCCAGCAGAUGCACCAGUGGCCCGCUGCCGCCGCCAUGGCGGCCCAGCGCACGGACCUGCUGAGGGGCCUCUCGCCCCGGGACCAGGCCCUGCCGCUGCAGUACUCCACCGCCCCGCGCGGUAUCAUCGAUCUGUCUCAGGUGCCACACUUACCCGUCCUGGUCCCCCCCUCCGCAGGGGCCCCCCCGGGCUCCACCAUGGACCGCAUCGCUUACAUUCCAGGCGGCGCUGCUGGCUUCCCGGGCAGGCAGUACACCACCUCCCCCGUGGGUUCCUCGCACAUGAACAAGAUGCAGGGCACGCCGCCGGCGCCGGAGCGCGAGCGUGACCGCGAGCGGGACCGGGAGCGGGACCGCGAGCGGGAGAGGGAACGAGACCGCGAGAGGGAGCGCGAAAGGGAGCGCGAGCGGGAUCGAGAUCGCGAGAGGGAUCGAGACAGAGACCGGGACAGGGACCGGGAGAAAGGGGGUUCCCAUGGCAACGUGGAGCACGCGCCCAUCUGGAGACCAGGUACAGAGCACAGCUCCGGGGGCAGCAGCUCUGGCAGUGUGAGGGCCGCCCCACACCCCUACGGCCACCAGCACUCCCCCGUGUCCCCCCGCACCCAGGACAGUGUGCAGCAGAGGCCCAGCGUCCUGCACAACACCGGGGGCAAGGCCAUGGCCCUCGGCGACCACGGGGGCUCCUCCGUGCUACGGUCCAUGCCUUCGGGGUCGUCCCGCUACCCAGGCUACCCGAGCCACCUCCAGCGGACGGGCCAGCCCCCCGAGGCCUACCCCCCCGGGGGGGACCCCGCCAAGGAGCUCGGCCGCGACGGCUGCAAGAGUAGGGGGGGCCUCCCCAAGCACAUGCAGGAGCAGAUGGGGCCCUCGGGCAAAGCGGACCCCAAGCUCUCCGGCUCUAGCCCCGGAGUGGUGUACCCCGGGUCCUACCCGCCCGGCUCCGGCCGCCCCCCCCAGCACCUGAUCCCCCCUCAGUCGGACCCCCCCGGGGCCCGUGGGGAAAGCGGUACAUCUAGUAGGGAAAAGACUCAAAACAAAGCGGUGUCCAUUCAGGAACAAGAGCUCCGAGCACUCGGUAAGACCACCAUGACCGCGGCCAACUUCAUAAACGCAAUUAUCAUGCGGCAAAUAUCUUGUGAAACGGGGAUGCCAGGGACCAGCAGCGCCUCCGAGGCUCAACAGAAGAUGGGUUCUAUGGAGCAGCAUGGCAUGUACCAGCCCCAGGCGGAGGACCGGAUGUCCCCCGGCCAGCAGCCCCCCUCCCCCCUUGUGAAGGGCAGCCAGAGGGUGGUCACCCUGGCCCAGCACAUCAGCGAGGUCAUCACUAAAGACUACACCCGGCAGAGCCAGCAGCAGAGCUACCACAGUUCCCCGGUGCUCGACCUCACCCGUCCUCCCAGCGCCCCCCAGCCCAUGUCGGCCUCCCAGGACCCCGGGACGGGCCCCCGCUACGCCGCAGACGGCCCCAAUGUGGACCGCAACCGCGACCGGUCGCCCCCUCAGCCCAAGACGUCCCCUGUCAGCAUGUCCAACAUUGGCAUCGAGCCGGUGUCCCCCGCGGGCGCCAGCUCUGACCCCGAGACAUUGGGAGGCGCCUCGUACCCCAGCGACCAGGGGGAGCCAGGCAUGGUGUCUCGCUCGCCCCCCAACCCCACCCAGCACCCCGCCUUCUUCAGCAAGCUCACGGAGAGCACCUCUGCCAUCGUCAAGUCCAAGAAGCAGGAGAUGAUCAAGAAGAUGACCGUCGUGGGCACUGACGGAGACUUCAACGCUGGUCAGCCCGGGACAGAGAUCUUCAACAUGCCAGCAUCCACGACCGCUGCAGGGCCGGUGAGCGUCCGUAGCCACGCCCCCCAGGAGACCUCCGGGAACUCCAUCGGCCUGGAGGCCAUCAUCAGGAAGGCGCUGAUGGGGAACUAUGACGACCAGGCGGAGGAGCGGCCCCCCUCCAACCCCCUGGCCCCCGGGGGGCCCCCCUCCAUGGCGGAGGACGCCUACGCGCAGCAAGGUGGGGGUAAGCCGUCCAAGAGCAGCGGGCGGUCCAACGGGAGGAAGGCCAAGUCCCCCGGGCCGGGCCAGCAGCCCCCCCCCACAGAGAGACCCUCCUCCGUGUCUUCCGUCCACUCGGAGGGGGACUGCAGCCGACUCACCACCCGCGUGUGGGACGACCGCCCCUCCUCCACAGGCCCCACCCCCUUCCCCUGUAACCCGUUGACCAUGCGCUUCCCCAGCGGCAUUGUGUCGGCCGCCUCGCCCUCCCCCGGCCAACAGGGGGCCCCCGGGGGCCAGGGCCGGCCCUGGGAAGAGGAGGCCAAGCCCCUGCUCUGCUCGCAGUACGAGACGCUGUCGGAUAGCGAGUGAUGGAGACCAGACCCCGCCCCUCUCUCUCUCUCUCACACACACUCACUCACACUCACACACACACACACACACAAUCAUCUCCAUGCUGCUGCUGAUAACUGAAUCACUUCCACACACAUACACACACAUAACGGACACGCCCACACAUAACGGACCCGCCCACACGUACCGGACACGCCCACCGAGACAUCAUUCCGCCCUACCGAUUCCUGGUGGUUUGGUUGGCUCCUGAUAUCUGGCCCCUCCCACCGCCACUCCUCUGAGAUGUGAGGCCCAACCCUCCCACCCCGAAGACACUGCUGCUCAGUGUGUGUGUGUGUGUGUGUGUGUGUGUGUGUGUGUGUGUGUGUGUGCGUGUGUGUGUGUGUGUGUGUGUGUGUGUGUGUGUGUGCGUGCGCACAUCUGUAUUAUUGUGUAAUGCACUCUCGUAUGGGACUACUCUAAAAGGAUGAAUCACUUUCUCUUUAGUUAGUUUUUUAAGCGUUGGCCAUGUCAUGUUGUUCGUCCCUCUGGCCUUAUCAGCGGGGCCCGGUGGCACCUCCUCCUGGUCUCUGGACCCCUGGGGGUCCACGCCUUCUUCUGGACUCGGGUGUCUCGGUGCAGCACCGCCCGCAGCACCGGGGGUUCAAGGGCCCCUUGUCUCCGGGCAGAUUACGCAAAGGCGCCUCUGCAGCCGGUACGGGGCCCCAGAGCUCCUCCUGCUCCUCCCAGUUAUGUCUCUCUCUCUCUCUCUCUCUCUCUCUCUCUCUCACUCUCUCUGUCUCUGUCUCUGUCUCUCUGAGAAGUGAGCAGUCGUAUUUUAGUUGGUUGUUUUCUUCAAAAGGAAACCUUUUUGAUGGUGUCACUCGUUGUCUUUUUCUGCAACACGUAUAUCAUUUGUCUUUGGUCUGGUUCUCCAGGAGAAUGGAGGGAUCGUACUGGGAGGCUGUUGGUUUACAGGGUAGACAUACUGUUAGGGGUGUCGGGGUGGGUCGAGGCAGGGUGGGGGAAGGCCAGAGGGCCUGUCCCCCCCGUCCCCCCCGUCCCCCCCGUCCCCCCCAGGGGGUCAGAAGAGAGGAAGUGUUUAUGGGUUUGGGGCGAUGAGCAACAAGCAACCCUUUCUUCUCACCAUUUUUAUAUUAACCAUGUCAAUGUUUGUCAAAAAAAAGAAAAUCAGAAAAAACUGUUGAUUUGUACUGUUUGGGGUGUUUGGGAUGUAGCACUUAGUUUGACGGGCGGUUUCACAAUGGCAUUUUACACAUGUUGGUUGUUUUGGGGUGGGCUGUAUAAAAGACUUAAAAAUGAAAGAAAACUGCAGGAAAUCGUACCUGUUGGACCCCCCGUUUCCAUACCUCCCCCCUCGCGUCUUCCCCUCUCCUGUCUCCCCCCUCCCCUCCCCCACUUUGGCUGCCUACAGUUCUCCAUUUCAAUUUUCAUUCUUUCAAUCAAGCGACAAUCGCAGUAGGUGGAUGAUGACAUAUUUAUAUACGUAUACAGUAUGUAUAAAUAUGUAUAUAUUUAUAUAUAUGUAUUCAUAUAUAUAUCUGUAUAUGUGUGGGCGUAUAUAUAUUAUUCAUAUAUACAAUAUAUACUCUCACCGUUCCCUUCCCGUCAGUUUUUCUGUACAGUUCUGUUUCUAGUGUUAUGUGCCAUUUAUUUUCAUACACAGUACUACAGGGAAGAGUCAGACCAAGUCUCACUCCACCACUCCCAUUACGCCACAGGGAACCUCCCAGUCCAAAGAGGGCGCUCCCAGUAUACACUUCUGGUGUGUUUGGUUUUCUCUCUGCUCCUCAACUCAUUAACAAUCAAAGGCGUUACUUCUCAUCAGGUAUCCUGACCUUUGACCUCAUGUCCUAACAGCCUUCCUCCAUUUGGAGGUCACUGCGCUCUCCACCCCAUCAUGUGUUUUUAGUCCCCUGGAGCUCAGAGCUCAGGGUGGUGUCUGCUGCUACAGUCGGCAUGGAAACCUCUGUGUUUUUACUACGUCACAUGAGCAUGGGAGACUGGUCAGUCCGACCGUGUCCACCGUUUUCCUCUUUCUCCACUCUGACCAUAACUGGUCUCCCAUCACCUCUCUCUCCACAUGACCCGUUACCGGUCGUCUUCAUCCAGCCAGCCGUCUGGGUUCUGCGGUUCUGUGUGUUGUCCUCCUCCCCCCCCCCCCCCCCCUCCCCCGUGUGUGUCAGCCCCCAACUGAUGAUGGAUGUCGGUGUGACUGUAAAUAGACUAAAGCCAUACACAGGUGUUCUCCAAGAAAUCCACCAGAGAGAUCCUACUUGGUUUAUAAGUGUAGUGAGAUAUAUUUUAAGCGUUGAUCAUGUGUCCGGUUUCUUCUUUGUGAUUACGGUCAUGUCUUUCUCCACUCCACGUCGUCAGAGAUCCAAACCGCGGUGGUUCACGAACAAGGAUUUGCCUUUAUAUUGACGGUUCUUUUAAAGUGUGGUCCUGGGUUUCAGUGACAUCAACAGUACAUUGUUCGUACACCAUAUUGUGCAUAAUGAUUUUUCUUUUUUUAAUUAUAACCCACUGUAUAAUAGCAAGGAUUGUAUAUAGAACUGAAGAGAUGUAAAUAUUUAUGUGGCUUGCUUCAAGGUUGGUAUUUACAGAAAACAAAAAAAAAACUAUUCACACUGUUAAAUUCUACAUGCCCACCAGCAAGCUUUGUGGAUAGCAGUGUAAAAUUAAAAACAAAAAAGACACUGCCUUAAUGUUUAAAUAAAAAGCUUAUUGCCAUUGAACAAUG